CUCCUUUUAAGUCUUCUUGGUGAACGCGGUCUUCCGGCUCUCUUGAAGGAAUUCGAAAAUGUCCGGUUCCGAGGUCGUGGACAUGAGUUUGAAGACCUGAAUAAGUUGAUGUUCAUCUAUGAGUCAUGGGCGAAUCGAAUGUUGCCAAAAUUCUCUUUCGUGGAUGUGAUAGAACGACUAGAGGCUGUAGGCUCCAAACGAGAAGUUCAAUCAGCUCUGAGCGGUAUGCGGGUCGGGACGUGGCCACCAACAAUCAUCUCUGAAUUUGUCCAUGAUACCAGUGACAGUAAUUCGGAGAACGAGGUACCACUGUCUUCAGCCAAUCUACCGCUAAGUGAGACCAUGCGGGAGUUACUGCAGCUCCCCGAUGACGGUUCAGAGUCUCCGAAAUCACCUUCCCCUCUGCCAACUCAUUCUCCCGUGCUCCCCACCUCAACGGAAGAGAGGGAGGAUGUUGCAGCACGGAUCGAAAGAAACCGUCAAGCAGCUUUGAAACGCCUAGAGGCCAAACGACGUGCAUCCAUACCUCAGACCUCCACGUCCUACAAAGGCCGUCCCUCGGUUCUGCGAAAAGCUCUGCAAUCCGUGAAUCCUCCUAACAACAAGUAA